AUGGCUGGACGAGCCCGAGAACCAUGUCGAUUUUUCAACACCCGCGCCGGGUGUAGGCGAGGUAAUACCUGCACAUUUGCCCACGACGGAGCAACCGCUUCUCGAGCACAGAACUCAGGAAGCGAAAACGCUCCCCCUGGCGUCUGUCGCGCUUUCUGGGCCGAUGGGGAGUGCAGGCAUGGGUUCCAAUGCCGUUACAGACACGUCCCAUCUCCGAAGCUUGCGCAAACUUCACAAGUAGGACAAACACAAGGGCUAGCCUUAUCUGCGGUCGACACCGUAGCACCUUUGUUGACCGCAGGCGGCCUAGCGCGGCUGACGGAGCGAAGUACUGACGGAUUCUUCGCUGUAGACCCUUCCAAAGAACUCGGACCAUCCGAAGUUCACAAUUACCUAAAGAGAUAUCUGUUUGAUGACUACCGAUUUCGCCAUGUCUUGGAUAUGUACAGUUUCUUGAAUCUCGUAGGGAAUGCGUCCGCGAACAACGCGAAAUGGUCACCAGAAGACGGGCAGGGAAAUGGCCUCCGACGACUCAACGAUAUACUUUCGUGGGAGGAUGUGUCGAUUGGGCCGCGAGCUUACGUCCCUUUGCUGCGGUACGUAGUCGAACAUAUUGGCCAGUGCUUACGCAUACUGAGAUACAUUAGCGCACUAUAUGCACUACUCCUAGAGCACUGCGACCACUUCGUGAAGGUUGUACAGUCUUGCAUGGAAGAAGCCAUCAAUGUCAGGAGAUCCUUCAAGGAUCCCCAGGCCCCUCGUACUGGCGGCAAAGACCCUCUGUUUAGCCAAGUGAUCGCAGUUUUCGCGAAGGUUCUCUUUGAGGUGAUCACACGGUUCAAGAACGUACUGGUAGCACACCCCGCGCUUCGCUCGCUCGUACUCUCCCUGCGACAAUGGGCCACUUCCUGGGCUACCGGCAUCGCGUCUACGCCCCCUACGUUCGACGAUCCCUUUGCCACAACAUCUCCUCAGGCACGGGACCAUAUCGUGCAGCAUUUGAAUAGCCAAGUCGAUCGGCUUGUGUCUAUUGUCGAGCGUAAGGUCGGCGAGGUGGAGCGCAUUCAGCAACGGAUGCAACAGCUAUCUUUGGCUUCUGCCCCUGCGGGAGCCGUGAAUGAGGGCUUAUUGGCUGCUCUCGAAAACGCAUACGAAGGACCCGGGCACCUCCGCCCAGACGGUCCACGUCACGACAAUGACUCCGUUAACAUUUCGGACAUUCGGAUCGCCCCCACGCACGACGAACUCAUCUGUAGAACUCCGCCCUUCCUGCCUGCCAACCUGUAUGGAGCUCCUCACCCGUUACCGGCUGAAAGCAUGGAGCGGCUUCUGGAUCUACAAUUCCGCCUGUUGCGAGAAGAGCUAAUUGCAUCACUUCGCAUGUCAAUACAGCUCGUACUUGAUGACUUGACAUCCAAUGUACACAACACGCGUCUCGCGGACCUCAUGAAGCGGCGUGGCGGUAAAUAUCGCGGUCACGUCGCCGGUCAAGAAGCCGUCCUGUUCAACAUCUACACCAACAUCUCAUUCGCGUCGAUCACACCGGACCACCGUGGUCUCUCCAUUGGGCUCGGCUUGGACUGCCCUCCGGGGCGCGCCCGUGCUCCUCAGGCCAGGGCCCGCGCCACGUUCUGGGAAAACAUGAGCAGCAAACGACUCAUACAGGGAGGUCUCGUCGCCUUGAUCUGGAAGCGUCCGAACCGCGAGAUUGCCGUGCAUCUUGGUACGAUCGCCAGCUCGACGCGCGACCUGGUCGAGUCCGCUGGCGUCUUGCAAGAUCGUGUAGCUAUUCGUGUCGCUUUCUUCGACGCUGAGUUUGAGCUGCGCGUAAUCGAAGAACUGAAGCAUUCAGCUCAGGAUGAGGACGUCAAACUCCUCGUCGAGGCAACAGUCUUGUACGAGUCCGUUCGUCCAUUCUUGGAUGCCCUACGCGUCGAACCGGAGAUCGUGCCGUUCAGUGACUACCUCGUACACCGACCACCUGGCUUCCUCAGCAGAACGAAGAUCUCCCCGCCAGCGUACGCUCGCUUGCCCGCUUUCACAUUCCAACUGGCCUCUCUCUUCCAGCCGGAUGCGGGCGUGGAUGAUUUGAAACUCACCGUCACGGAUCCGGAUUCUGUAACCGGGGCACGUCAGCUGCUGAGAGAACGGAGCAUCCUUGAUCCCAGCCAGGCCGAUGCGGUGGUGAUGGCAUUAACAAGUGAGCUGGCGAUGAUCCAAGGACCACCGGGAACGGGGAAGAGUUACACGGGCGUACAGCUUUUGCGAGUCCUGCUCGCGAAUGGAAUUGGCCCCAUCCUCAUGAUCGCCUUCACAAAUCAUGCGUUGGACCACCUACUGGGGUCUGUCCUCGACGCUGGGAUCACGAAGAAGAUCGUGAGGCUCGGCUCAAGAUCGGGUGACGAGCGCAUUGCGGAGUUCUCUAUCGAGAAUAUGGAGAAGAUAGCCGGCAAGUCCCGUCUUGAUCGUGCAUUUGCUGGUCACUACAGGGAACUGCGAAAUGUUGAGGAGGAAAUCAAGAAGCUCACGUUAGACUUCUGGAAAACAAAAGUCGACUCGGAUGACAUGUUGUCUCACAUACAGCUUGCCUACCCGGCUCACUUCGAAUUCUUCACGAAUGCGCCUCGCUGGAUCACGCUACUCUACGAAUUGGAAAAUUCUGGGGACGGUCAGGGUGCCUGGCGAGUCGCUGGACGAGGGGGCCGUGUCGAAGACGCUGACACCUCCCUUUACGCCCACUGGCUAGCGGGUCGCGACAUAGAUUUCCUUGAGCGCGCUCAUACGUCUCCGCUUCAUACAGAGGCAGAAACACCUAAUGCACAGAGCGCCGCCCCGAUCAGCAAUGCCGACGACGACGUAGAGGUUCUGCCGCCGGAGGAGACUUGGAUGUACGUCGUGGUCGAAGACUCGGAGCCGGAUGCCUUGGAGUCGGCGCCGGAGUCUCCAAUCAGACCUGCGGGUCAAGGCACCACCACCAUACAACCGACAGACUUUCGGAACGUAGCAGACUUCUUCCAAGCGUGCGGGCAUCCUAGCAUACCUUCAAUACCGCACCAUGAUCGACCUCUGACUGCAUUGCUGGACGAGGCCGAACGACAGCGUUUCCACUCUUUCAUUGAGUCAGAAGUCCGUGUAUUGCUGCAGAGGACAAGAACUAUGGAGUUCGAGCGUCUUCGGCAAUGUCAUCGCGAUGUCGUGACAAAAUACAAUGAAGGAAAGGAUGAGACACGACGACAACUCCUUCGAAAUGUUGACAUCAUCGGAUGCACGACCACUGGUGCCGCGAAGUUGACAUCCCUUCUGAAGGGUAUAGGACCUCGAGUCAUGUUGAUCGAAGAAGCCGGGCAAGUCCUCGAAGCUCAUGUACUCGGAAGCCUUGUGCAAAGUGUGCAACACCUCAUCUUGAUAGGCGACCCUCUACAGCUGCGCCCGACUCUCAACAAUUUCUCGUUGUCCGUUGAGAACAAGCGUGGCAAUAUGCUCUAUAAGUUCGACAUGUCUCUCAUGGAACGUCUGUCAAACGCGGGUCUCCAUAUGUCACAGAUUGAUGUUCAGCGCAGAAUGCGACCGGAGAUCUCACAUCUCAUACGAACCACCCUGUACCCGAAGCUCGAGGACCAUGAACUUGUCAAACAGCACUCACAUGUGCAAGGGAUGGGCUCCGAUGUGUUCUUCCUCACUCAUAACCACGCUGAGAACGGAUCGGAGGAUGAUUCAGUCAGCAAAUACAAUGACUAUGAGGUGUCUAUCAUCAAGGACCUGGUGAUGUACUUGCUUAGACAGGGUCCAUAUUCUGCCGAAGGUGACAUUGUUGUUCUCUGUGCAUACCUUGGGCAACUGGCUCGCGUCCGCGAUGCGCUAGCCAGCCAAGUCGUAGUUGUGAUUGAUGAGCGGGAUCAGCGAGAGCUGGACGACCAUGAAGGAGAAGAUCAAGCACUUUCUCAUCCUUCGCAGGUCCGUCUCCGCACUGUUGACAACUUCCAAGGCGAAGAAGCAAAGAUUGUCAUCCUCUCGCUUGUGCGGAAUUCAGGAGGUGCAGAAGAAGACGAAGCAGUGUACGGCCACUCUUCCGCUCAUCGGGCAAAUAUAGGCUUUCUUAAAGUAAUCGCAUUGUCUCGGGCGCGUGAAGGCUUGUAUAUCCUUGGAAACACUAUAGAUCUGAAAUCCAAGAGCUCGAUGUGGAACGACGUCAUCUCCGAACUUGAGCAACGAGGGUGUGUCGGUGACGCCUUUCCAGUUCGCUGCCAUCGGCACCCGGAGCGCAUGGAGUAUAUUUCGAAGGCCGGGCAGCUGGCGCGAAUUUCUCCGGAUGGCGGCUGCCUCCUUCAAUGCGAUACUCGUCUUGAAUGCGGUCACAUCUGUCCAUACAAGUGCCACUCCGAUGAUCCCAACCAUCGUUCAGUUAGGUGCGAGCAGCGCUGCACCAGGCUAUGUGUCCGCGGGCACCCUUGUAUGAAGCAAUGCGCCACGUCUUGUGGUCGGUGCAUGACUCGCGUUGAGAAUGUGGAAUUGCCCUGUGGUCACAAAGCGGCCUUUGUUCACUGCUACCAACUCGACGAGCUGGCCGAAGUCAUCUGCAAUGUGAAGAUCACAAAACCACUUCUUCGUUGCGAACAUGAAGCGGAAAUGACGUGCUCCCAAGAUCCAGCGGGAGUCUCGUGUAGGGUCAUCUGCGGCGGCAUCAUGGGCUGCUGUGGGCGAAGCUGCAAAGCUCGGUGUUCUCAAUGUCAGCGCCUCAAUGCGGCCGAUGAUUCCGUGACCGUGGUACUGCGCACAAAUCACGUCGAACAUCCAUGCGAGAAGAAUCUGUACUGUGGUCAUCUGUGUGGAAAAGCUUGCUCGCGGAACCACGAGCAGGUCUGCCCGCACGCUCACUGUCGCUCUUACUGUUCGACACCUUGCGCCCCGUGCCAAGAGCCCUGUACAUGGCAAUGUGCACACUACAUGUGCCAAGUGCCUUGCGGCUCAGUAUGCGCUCGGCUUCCAUGCGACAAGCGGUGCGAAAGACUUCUUGUAUGCGGACAUCGCUGCCCAUCAGUAUGCGGCGAAGAGUGCUCGAUCCAAGUGUGCCUGUCCUGUCUCGACGAUGAAGCAAAGUCCACCACUGUUGUCGACCUCAUCAUGGGCUCCACACUUGCUAUGGUUAACCCCGCAAAUGAAACACUGGACGAGCUCCUCAUUACGCUUCCGGGCUGCGGGCACGUCUUCACCGUCGAAACUUUGGAUGGGAUCUGCGCGCUGCACGAGUACUACACGCGCGAUGAAGCUACUGGAAGAUGGCUGGGACUGCAGGCACCACCCAGCGGCUUCCUCAAGCCACCGACCUGCCCCACGUGUCGCUCAGCUAUCACCGCUCCUCGCUAUGGCCGUGUUUUCAAGCGCGCUGACCUUGACAUCCUAGAGAACAAUGUUGCGUCUCACAUGUCAUGGUCCCUAGGACACAUUCAAAGUGACAUCGAUGCUGUGUCCAAGGAAGAAGCCAUCCUCCGUCUACGUGAAGUGGCGCAGAAAGCACCGGUCGGCAAGCGCUCCACACCCCUCAAGAUCUGCCAGAAGAACCAGACGGCAAUGCUCAAUUCAACCCGCUAUUCGCCCGUUCCUCAACAUGCAUGCUAUCUUUUGGGCGAAGCUCAGGCGUGGAAAAAGGUGACCCUGAAGCUACUCGGGGCUUAUGACAGAUGUGUCAACGUCGCAAGCACUCGUUCUGCCCAUCUACAUGCCUGGGAGGCAUCAUUCUCAUACCUCUAUCAGAGGGAAAUGGACGCCGCUGCGCAGGAUCCCGCGCAUGCUCCUAGGAAUCCGCAGGAGUUUGCUAUGCGUUCCGCACGCAUGGGGGUCGGUCAGCCGCAGCCAAGAGCCGACAAACGCUUCGUCGUAGAGGCUAUAUGGACGUCAAUCACACUUCGACUCCUCCUCGUGGAUUUGACGACGGUGUGGUUGGAAGCGUUGCAGGCACGUAGCUCGUACCCAGCGGAGAACCGGCGUGCUUGGGCAACGUAUAAUUCCUUCGUCCUUCGGUCUUGCGCUGCAGAUGUCGAUAUUGCCUCGACGAUCGCCUCCCAGUCCGAGAGCCAUCGUCAGCUCACGAAGAGCGCUCUACUGGGCAUGCGUGUGGAGCUAGAGCAGUUCCGAUUCAACUUGGAGACGAUGAAGCGGAGCGGGAAGAUGGGUGAACUGCGUGAGAAGCUGACAGAGCGAGCAUGCUCGAAGCAAGAAGCGGCGGCUGUCAUGGUCAAGACUGUCCUCGAGCGGCAUCGUCGGGCACGAGCUGGGACUUCAGAAGAAGAAUGGUUGGCCACGAACUUCACGCAGGGCACAAGCGUCAUCGUUGAGGAAUGGGAUGCAAUCGUCCGGUCUCUUCGUAUGGAUACCUUCUACCAACCUGUCUCCCUUGACGAGUUGACCGCAGUUGUGAAGAGCUUCGGGUUUGCUCAUGCCGGACAUUACUACAAGUGUCCCAACGGGCAUAUCUAUGUCAUAGCAGACUGUGGUGGAGCGAAUGAGCAUUCAACGUGUCCCGAGUGCGGUGCGAGAAUAGGAGGCUCCAGCCACCGCGUUGUCGAUGGUAACGCACGAGCAUUGGAAUUGGAAGGGCUAGCUAGGGCCCAAGGUGCGAUGGACACGCCGUGGCGAUAG